AUGGAGCCUCAGGCGACUACAAAGCGCCCCUCAAGGGCCGUUGUUCCUUUCAACCCAAACAUCCGCACAGCAAACAUGACUUCCCGGUCCGCCAAGGGUACAAUAAGACGACCAGGCCAAGUUACCAACAUGAAGUACACCUAUGACAUUUUCCAAUGGAACAUGUACAGGGGGUGCUACACGGUCGUCUUCUGCGAUCUGGAUGCCGAAGCCUUUGAACAGCACUCGUCUACGGCACGCAGAUGGUUGACACAGUACUAUCUAACUAUGGAUUACGUUAGUCCAGCAAGGAGAAACUGCACACUUUGCUUCGACAUCUCCCAUGGAGAUCCGUUUAUGUAUCCAAACGCCCUCAAAUAUGUCUUCUGUGCAAUCAACCGCGCCAGACAUGGAAAGAAGAUGUUCAUUGAGCUCCCUCACAAUUUCUCCUUGUCGGUCCAAGUCCACCAGGUUCUGAUCUUUCUUCAAGUUGAAGAAUGCAUCGCUCCCAUGCAUGGCCAUAUCAGACAGAUCAUCAGAGAAAGACCUCUCUCGCCUCUGGAGUUCGACAUCCUCUGGUCAUGUCUCGGCUGCAGCGCCUCAAAGAUCCAUGAAUUUGCUCUAAGCAUAUACUACGAGCGCCAAAAGUAUGGAUGGUCACUGGCAUUGUCAACUCAAUGUCCAGGAUCCGGCUACAAGACGGUCGUAUACAACGCAGAAGGAAAGCUAGCAUCCAAGGGCGAGACCGUGCACGGCGAAGAUGCACAAACAGAGACACAGAAUACUCCCAAACACAUCAGCAUAUGCCCAGGUCCCAUCGGGUCUGACACAGAAGACGAGAAAAUUGGACAAGAAGAAGAACUCGACACCACUUCUCAACGACCCACCACGGUCAACGAGGGUCCAGUAACAAUCAUCGACCACCCCAACACAAUCAUGCUCAGCCGACGCCACAGCCUUCCCUCGCCACACUCCGAACCCAUCUACGACAUUGACGCCAGCGCUUUCCGCGAAUGCGAAGAUGAAGAACCAGAAUACUAA